GAUCGGUAUCCUCCAACAAACAAACAUCAUCCAAUCCUGUGGAUUCCCAUACCACAGUUUUGGAUAACGUGCCCUGCUCACCAACUCAGUUCAACACUCCAAGUCCAAACGAGUGAGCAGAGCAAAGCAGAGCACCCACGGUUUGGAUCCCAAAACCGUGCGUGGCCGCCACGUUUUUGCCCGCUACUUUACAUGGCUAGCUCCUCGUCCUGGAAGCAUCAAGCAACAGCCAGCCAGCCAGCCAACCCAUCUCAUCUCACUCUUUUUACUGAGCCGUUUCAGCACAAGACCACGGCGAAGAUGUCGUCGACGGCCACCGUCACACGCGCCCACCUCGAGAACAAGCUCGCCCUCGCCAAACGCUGCUCCAGAGAGGCGACGUUCGCCGGAGCAAAGGCGGCGGCCAUCGCUACCGUCGCGUCUGCCGUCCCAACGCUGGCGAGCGUGAGGAUGCUGCCGUGGGCUAAGGCGAAUCUGAACCCCACCGGCCAGGCCCUCGUCAUCUGCACCGUCGCCGGCAUGGCCUACUUCGUCGCCGCUGACAAGACCGUCCUGUCGCUGGCGAGGAGGCACUCAUACGAGACCGCCCCCGACCACCUCAAGGACACCUCCUUCCAUGGCGGCGCCGCCGCAGCUCGUCCCCGUCCGCGGUCCGCCGGCAUUCCUCAGGCCUUGAGCUAGCUUCCGGCUAAUGUAUGAGAUACGCACGCUUGCCGUUGUGCGUAUUCUAGAAACGAAAAAAUGUAUGCACCUUUGUCAGUGUCCCAAGAAACUGCUGCAGCAUGAAUACCUGCCGCCGAAAUAGAAACUACUGCUGCUACUUGUAUUA